ACAGUGAACGGUCGGUCACGGCCAAGGCCGAAGCCGCGAGACUUACAUUUCGGACCCAACAAAUCAUUAAAAUUACCUCUCACCGCACAAUACACCGGGAAGUAAGUGUGUGAGUGAAGUACAGUAACAAUUCUCUCCUAAUUCGUAUAAAAGUCGUGUUCAGUGUCAUAUAAAGCGAUUGAUAAUUGAGUUCUUUGAAAAUUUCGUCGGCCAGUGAAAGCAAAAUGUUGAACUCCGUGCUGCGAGAGAUCGUCGCUAAAGCAUCUGUCGAAUCGAAACAACACACGGACGCUCAACCAUACUGUUCAAGAGGAGAGUUUGAUGAUGUCACAAUAGCUGGGGAUGCUUGGAAAGGCCCUGUAAAGAAGCAUUUUGAACAGAACAAAGCCAUGGCUUCAAACGGACUAAUUAGGCCUAGAAGUGCACUUGCUCGAGCGUUCAUUGAGAAGCAGCAGAAUGAUAGAACCCUUCAAGAAUUUGAUAAAAACGAGUGGUACCGGGUCGACAAAAGCCGGUUGUCCCCAGAGAUGCAGUCCACGUUCGUCCAACUCCACGCAGAUGAAGAGACCAAGAGCUUCCUAUCGAACUCCAUCGAGAAGUCUUCGUGGGUGUGGACCCAGAUCUGGUACCUGCUAGCGAAGGCCGUCCUCAAGCACUUCUGGUCGAUCACCGACAUCAAUGGCUGGUUAGGCCGCGGCUCCAUGUUCGUGCUAUCCGAGGCGCAGGCUCGCUCGAUGCUGCGCGCGGCGCGGCGCUGCGCCGACGGCUCUGGCUCGCUGGUGGACGUCGGCGCCGGCGACGGCGAGGUCAGCCGCCGCUUCGCGCACCUCUACGGGGAGAAGUACGCGACGGAAAUCUCGGCCAGCAUGCGGAAGACGCUCUUGAGUAAAGGAUACACGCUCCUGGACGUGGACGACUGGUGGCGCACGAAGCAGUUCGACUGCGUGUGCAUGCUGAACCUGCUGGACCGCUGCAGCCGGCCGCGCUCCAUGCUGCGGGACGCGCGCGCCGCGCUCGCGCCCGGCGGGCUGCUGCUGCUGGCGCUCGUGCUGCCCUACAAGCCCUACGUCGAAGGUGAGCGACACUCAGCGCUGCGACCUGCUGCGCACAGCGGCCGCGCUCCAUGCUGCGGGACGCGCGCGCCGCGCUCGCGCCCGGCGGGCUGCUGCUGCUGGCGCUCGUGCUGCCCUACAAGCCCUACGUCGAAGCGGCCGCGCUCCAUGCUGCGGGACGCGCGCGCCGCGCUCGCGCCCGGCGGGCUGCUGCUGCUGGCGCUCGUGCUGCCCUACAAGCCCUACGUCGAAGGUGAGCGACACUCAGCGCUGCGACCUGCUGCGCACAGCGGCCGCGCUCCAUGCUGCGGGACGCGCGCGCCGCGCUCGCGCCCGGCGGGCUGCUGCUGCUGGCGCUCGUGCUGCCCUACAAGCCCUACGUCGAAGCGGCCGCGCUCCAUGCUGCGGGACGCGCGCGCCGCGCUCGCGCCCGGCGGGCUGCUGCUGCUGGCGCUCGUGCUGCCCUACAAGCCCUACGUCGAAGGUGAGCGACACUCAGCGCUGCGACCUGCUGCGCACAGCGGCCGCGCUCCAUGCUGCGGGACGCGCGCGCCGCGCUCGCGCCCGGCGGGCUGCUGCUGCUGGCGCUCGUGCUGCCCUACAAGCCCUACGUCGAAGCGGCCGCGCUCCAUGCUGCGGGACGCGCGCGCCGCGCUCGCGCCCGGCGGGCUGCUGCUGCUGGCGCUCGUGCUGCCCUACAAGCCCUACGUCGAAGGUGAGCGACACUCAGCGCUGCGACCUGCUGCGCACAGCGGCCGCGCUCCAUGCUGCGGGACGCGCGCGCCGCGCUCGCGCCCGGCGGGCUGCUGCUGCUGGCGCUCGUGCUGCCCUACAAGCCCUACGUCGAAGCGGCCGCGCUCCAUGCUGCGGGACGCGCGCGCCGCGCUCGCGCCCGGCGGGCUGCUGCUGCUGGCGCUCGUGCUGCCCUACAAGCCCUACGUCGAAGGUGAGCGACACUCAGCGCUGCGACCUGCUGCGCACAGCGGCCGCGCUCCAUGCUGCGGGACGCGCCUGCUGCUGCUGGCGCUCGUGCUGCCCUACAACGGCCGCGCUCCAUGCUGCGGGACGCUCGCGCCCGGCGGGCUGCUGCUGCUGGCGCUCGUGCUGCCCUACAAGCCCUACGUCGAAGUGACAGCAGACCACAAGCCCGAAGAGCGACUGGGCGUAACUGGAGCCGGCUUCGAGGAGCAAGCGACGGCUUUAGUCGAACAAAUGCGAAGCGCGGGCUGGGCGCUGAGGGCGUGGGCGCGCGCGCCCUACCUGUGCGAGGGAGACUUCGCCCAGGCCUACUACUGGCUCGACGACUCCGUCUACGUGUUCCAACCGGCGCCCAUCGAACCUGGCAACUGAUCCGGCCGCAGGACUAGCAACGAAUUCGUAAGAAAAAGAAGAAGUAAGCCCGCUGUUACACCCGUGAAGACACAUCUGCCGCCAAAUAUUCUGAUGGUGCGUCCAGACUGGGCGAAUUUGCUCGCGCGGCAAACUCAACAUUUCGCUCUUGAGUGAGCAGGAUGACCAGCGUGCCGCGCGAGCUAAUUCGCCCAGUCUGGACGCACCAUGAGAUACUCAGAAGUAAGCCCAUUUAGACCGUGGCUGCUCGCUCGACUGAUGACACCCACCACCGAUGAACUCCUCAGAAGUAAGACUCACUAUCCCGUGGCUACUGCCUUGAUGACACACGUCUACGAACAAGCCGGUACACUCCGCAAAAGUCAGAAGUAAGCCCGCUGUUACUCCUCUUAUGACACCCACGCUAUUGAACAGGAUGUCAAGCUCCUCAGAAGUAAGCCUAUGUAGCCCAUGGCCGGUCGACUCAUUACGCACCUCACCAAACGAGCCCAGAUAAAGUACGGCUAAUCGCCUAACGACUUACACCGAAGAAACUGAUGUGCUCCUCAGAAGUAAGCCCAUCUGGCCUGCGACUAUUCCACUGAUGAUACACGCAUCACUAUACAAGCCAUUGAACUCUUCAGAAGUAAAC